AUUGCACUUCUCGUGUUCUAGUCAACGUAUUUACUUUAUUCGUCCAAAGCCAAAUUCUCUUACAAGUGCGGCUUGCAGCUGUAAUUAUAAUUUUAUUGGGGAGGCAAAUCGAGUCAGCGGUAGAUUUUUUAUUAGUUUCUAUAAAGUAGAAAGUAUUGUUCUCGAGUCGAACGAAUGACAAAUAAAUAAUAUCGAUUGCAGUAAUAGCAUUGCAUUCAUUUAUUGCGCCAUUAUUAUAUAUAUACGCAGCAGACAACCUCGCAAACGCGUUCAAUCUAGUGCAAAAUCAUCAGGGAAGUCCGACGAUUGCUCCGACGAUUGGCCGGUAUAUCACAGUUAAGUCGAUUUUCGCAGACUGGAUCAAACCGCAAAAGAUGAAGCUCACAAAAUGGAAACACCAGGUGCAGCUGCCAUGCCUUUAUGGGAAAAAAUCGUAGUUCUGUUUGUUAUCACCAUCAGUGUCACCAGCCUCUACGCCGUGAUUUACACAUAUUUGGGGCAUCAUCAGGCGGAUAAUUCCACGGUGUCAAGAAUCGAGUGGGGAGCUCAACCGCCGAUGUGGACACCUACACCUUUGCCUACCCAACCAACCCCCUACGUGAUCAUCAGCCACACAGCCACCGACUUCUGCAAUACCAGAGCCAAAUGCAUCCGAAUUGUUCGUGUUGCUCAAUCCAUACAUAUUGAAUCCAACGGUUGGAACGACAUAGCCUACAACUUUCUCGUCGGCGGCGAUGGCAACAUCUACGAGGGUCGCGGUUGGGACAUUCAAGGAGCUCACACCUACUUUUACAAUCACAAGAGCAUUGGUAUCUCUUUUAUCGGGACCUUCACGAAUGCAAAACCCACAGCUGCUCAACUUUAUGCGGCUCAUAAGCUUCUCCGUCACGGCUUGCAAACUGGAAAGUUGACCGAGGAUUACAAAUUGCUGGGGCACAGACAGUGCAGCACAACUGAGAGUCCUGGAGAGCAGCUGUACAAGAUCAUCCAAACUUGGAAACACUGGUCACCCACACCUUGAGAAGAGAUGACAGCGGCGGGAACCGAGCAGUGUUGAAAACACGUGUUCUAUGACUUAUUGGUAACUACCGGAAUCACUGCACAUUUGCAUUACUACUCAUCGCUGGUAAAUUUUAUCGGACAUGGUCAAUUACGACCCCUUCAAUCAAUGUUGGAGAAAAUGAAUGGAAUAAAUUUCGAUGAGGACUUUGCAAAAUAUUGUUGAUGAUUUUGCUUUAUUGUGAUAACUGAACGUAAGAUUUCAAAUCUGGUGAAAAGUGAGUUGCCAAAGAGAGAUCCUUACAAAAAUAAUUGAAUGACCUUGCUGUUCAAGAAUGAGUACUCGGAUUAUCGAGAAAACUUGAUUGUUUGUGAAACUUCCAAUUCGCAUGAAUUCUUGAUGACGCUUAGUGGGUAUUUUACGACGAACAAUUAUUUCGUGUAAUAUUUAGAUACUUAAGACUGAAUUUUGACAUUUAUACAUAUCGCAGUUAUUGUUAUAGGUUAUUUUCUUUUUACGAUGAUAGUGCAAUCCUUCGGGAAAAAUAAGUUUUACGACAUUGAUUCAAAUAGCAUUAAGGCUCGAGAAUAAUAAAUGGCAAAAUAAAUCAAACA